AUGGAAGAGGAGCAGUUACCUGAAAAAGAGAGAGAGAGAGAGAAAAGCGUCGGUUGCUUUUUCAGAAUUGAGAAGAGAGAGAAUGAGGAAAACAGGGCCUUAGACGUCAAGUAUCAAUUCUCAAACAACGACUACACUACACUCAAGUACAGUACAGUACAGUACAGUACAGAACAGAACAGAGAGAGAAUGUUGGAGGCCAAGCGUGUUGUCAAAGCUACAGUACCAUCGUCUCUCCUUCCCCAGCCUUCUCCUGCCAGCAUUCAACCCACUCGUCUUGCGCUUCAUGUUAAUCAUGCUAAUGAUUCUUCUUGCUCCGCUUACUUUGCUACUGGCUGCCGCGUAUACAAAACCCAGAUGUCAAUGGAAGGAGAAUCAUUGGUUAAUAGAGGAAAGGAUAACCUUUUAAUUCCUGCUCAUUCUGAGGUUAUCAGAUCGUCUGUGCUGGAACGGUGUCCUCAUAGGUCUGAAAUUCAAAGUGUAGCGCUGACAGAGAUGCCGAGCAAAGGGUUUAUUCUAGGAAGUGUUGAUUCUUAUGGUCAUCUUAUUGUGUCGGAGCUUGACGCUGAUGAUGUUCAGAAGCUGCUGUUUGCGGUUUCACCUCAAGAUUGUGGGGUUGGAGAAGGCAGCUGGGCAGGUCUUAGCUUCAGCCCUAGUCAGUGGUGCAUGGUACAUUUAUAAGCUUGAGUAAGCCGCCCAAGUUAGGGUUGUUUUUCCUUUUCUCUUCAGCUUUUGAUAUUAUGUGCUGCGUAGGUGGUAAACAUGGACUGGAAUUACCGAUGCGGGAUUUGGUAGUUGAAUAUAUUGUCUUUCACCAGGGAGGGAUAGAGGGAAAUAACCUCCAGGAUGUAGAUAAAUGAAAUAGAUAUACUCUUUGAUUUUUAGAAAUACUCCUUGGGUCUCAUAUAUUAGCUUUCUCAAUUCUCCCUCUUUCAUAAACUUUCUUAUUUUCAAAAUAUUUUCUACGAAUUGUAUUCAUGCAUUCUAGCAAUCAGUACUCUACGAUCUACGAUGCAAAUGAGCUGGACUUUCAAUUUGGUUAAUCGGUGCCUUUCGUUGUUCUAUAGAUUAAUGUCAAGAAAAUCCAUUUAAAUCAUUGUAAUUAGUUUAAUUAUGCAAUCCUUCUGCAAUAUGGUGGAAAAUGGCAGUAGGCUUGGUAGAUGGAUUUUUUCUUAGCAGUUUGGCUCACAUCAUAGAAGGAUUUGAUGAAAUAUGAGAACUGUAUCUUUUGUAGUCAACAUCUUACAUUUACAAUAUUAAACUGAUUUUGUAUUUGGGGAUUCCGCUUUCUGCUCCUUAUAAAAUGAAAGCUGCUUGGAACUCUAAGAGGCUACCCGAGUUGAAUUUAAGAGCAUGUUUGGUAUGCUUUUCUAAAGGCCCAGAAACGGAUUCAGUUAAGCCAUACCGUUUGGCAUUGUUUGGUUUAUGGGCUUGGAUAUCCCUUACCGUUUCUUAGGUGUAAUCUACUCCACCCAUCUGUUACCACUCAUAACCCAGCAGUAACAAAUACCUCUCCAAUUUUCUAAAAAUCGUACUAGAACUUUCAUCUCUCUCUCCCUCUAUGUCUCUCUCCUCUUCAAUCUUUCCCAGUCUCUCAGUCAAAUUGGACAUAAUUUCUUCAGUAUAUUUGUUCUCAUUAUCUGAUUUAAGUUAUUCGAGAAUUCCAAUAACAUCUUCUGAAAUUUUGGUUUUAAGAUUCUUGAAUCUGAAUCUGGGCAAAAGAAAUUGGAAUUUGCAAAACUGGUAGAGUUUUCCAAUCUGAUAACCCCAUGCUUUCAAAUUCUUUAAUUAUUUAUGAUUUCCAAUUUUUUGUCUUCCAUUAUUUUGUGUUAAGAUUUGGCUUUGAAUGCUUGUGAUUAUCUUGCUGAUAAGACAGGGAGUAGGUUCUUCUAGUUUUGGUGAAGAAGGGAACAGGUAGGUGAUGUUGGGGAGGAGAUUUUAUGUUUAUUUUGUUUUUUCCAAAUAUACUGUGUUACGAAAUACAGAGUACUGUGAUUCCAUUCCUUUAUAAAACCAAACAACUUUUAACGGUAACGCUUAUUGUUACCUUUCCUCUCUCAUAACUGACUCCAUUCCGUUUUCUUUCCUGUGGUCGUACCAAACACGCCCUAAAUUCAUUCUAAUCGUUGGCUGACUUUGUUGAAGAGUACCUUGUUGGCUUACACUGUCUUGUCAUUUAUUCCUUAAUUCUGUUGAUUUUGCUUAAAGUUGAAGACAAUUGACAGAAAAUUUUAAGGGCUAACAAGGAGAGUGAUAAGAGGUUUAAUUGGGUGGAUUGCUGUUCUAGGCUUAUGAAAGAUGUCAAGGGUCUUGGCAUAUGGUCUCUUCAUAAUAUCGACAAACCCCCAUAUUAGCCAAAAUGUAAAUCCUCAUCAGAAGAAAGUUAUCUUGGACAAACAUGAAGUAGAGAGAUUACGUUAUUCAAACAAAAAAGUCUCUUAUUCUCAUGGUGAUGGUGAUUUUGGAGCUACUAUUUGUUACUAUUACCUUCAUUACCUUAGUUUAUAAGGGCAAGUCUGUCAAGGUCAAAGACUUGAUGUCUGUUAGUCUGGUUAUAGUAUUCAUAACAUUUGGCUAUGGUUCUUUCAAACCUGUUGAAUGGGUCUUACUACUCUUAUCUAGUACAACUUUUGUUAACCAAAUUGCAUUGUUAGAAAAUUGUAGAUGGUGCUGCGGUAGCUAAUGAGGUGGUGGAUAAUUCUUUGAGAGGUGAGGUCCUGGGUUAUUUUAUAAAUAAUUUUGGGUAAACUUAUGAUUUUUUUUUUCGAAUUUAUUGGAUAAGGUGAAUAGGUGAUGGAAAAUAACGACUUUGGACCUAGGUUGAGAAAGUGGAUGGUGGCUGUCCUUCCACAGAUUGGCUUUACAGUAUUAGUUAAUAGGCCGCUAGGAUGUGGUUUGGGGCUACACAUGGUAUGAGACAGGGUUAUCCUCUUUGUGCUAUUUUGUUCACUUAGGUGGUCGUCAUCUUGGAAGGAUGUUUUCUAAGGAAGAGAGUUGUGAUUUUCAUGAAGGAAGGGAGGGGGUGAUGGUGUUUGGAUGAAGCUGCUGAUACAUUUCUUUACUUGUCAAGAGUGUCAACCAGGCUUAAAUAUUUCCAGGCUUCUGGUUUUCUAGUUGGUCUUAGGCCUUAGGAUUGUCCAGUCUAGUCUUACAGUAAUUAAUGCCCAACCCGACAUCUUGAAUUGAUUUUCUUCCUUGUCUGGGUUUGUCGUCCAUGAUUUAGUUGUUACUUACCUUGGACCCUUGGUGUCACUUUGGAGUUUGGAGUCCCCAAAAGAGUGGUUUUUGUGACUCGAUUGUAGAGAAUGCAUCUAGGGAGCUAGAUGGAGGGAACAAGGCUCAUUUAGAUUUCUGAUUUGUCUUCAUAGUUUCUCUCCUUUCAUAAGAUUUUCAAUUUGGAUGGAUGUAUAGGAGAUUGAAGAGGCUUGUAAGAUUCUUAUGCUUCUACGUAUGUGAUAGGCUAAAGUCGUAUCACCUAUUCAAAGAUAAACCUAAAAUCACUAGCUAAAUAGCAAGGGAAGUCAGGAUCGAAUCCACAGGAAACAAUGUUCUUUCCACUACUAAAAUAAAGAUCUAGAUUAUUGGUAACGGGAAUAAUGGUUGGUUUGAGUAAUUAAACUAUGACACUAAUUAAACAAAGAGAAAUCAAAUAAUAAAAGGCCUAGGGUAUAGGUUCACCAUAGAACAAUUAUCCGGGAUGAGGAACAAUAAUCAAUGAAGCAAUUAUUCAGAUUGGCAUGCUCUCUCGAAUCGAUACUAAUCAUAGAAUCAGAAUUACCAGGCUCUACCUAUCGAAACUAGCCUAAACAUCAAGUUGCAUCUCUCGAUUAUUAAACUCAAUGUUACUCGACUAUAACAAUUAAACUUGCGCAAAUCUAAUUGCAUAGCAAUGAAAACAAUCAAUAGGAAAUUAACCAACUCCAACACCAACACCACCAACAAUCAACAAUUAUAAUUCAACCCUUAUAUUAAUUCAUGGAUUCCCAAAACUCUAGAUUUAAACUACUCAAACAUACUUGAAAUAAACAAAGCACAUAUAUUUAAUGAAAACAUAAUUCAAAUAAAACAACAAAAUAAGGAAUGAACUAAUACCGGAGUGAUGAACGAAGAAUUGAAUGAAAACUUGAAACUUGGAUUGAAUGAUUAAAGAGUGUUGACAAAAAGUUUGGAGAGAAUAAAAACUAAGUACUAAACUCAAAGUGCUGAAAAAUAUAAGAUGAUUACAAAUAAUUAAGGGCCUAGUAUUUAUAGUCUAGCCAAAAAACUAAAUAAAAACGGAUCAUUAAACACGAAAAGCGCGUCCAGGUUGUCGUCGCCCGAUCGGGCAAAGGGUUUGCCAACUCGCAAAUUCCAGUAGUAGCAGGUGUAGCACGCAGGCGCGCGAUGGUGAUCGGGCGAUGGGCGCCCGAUCGGGCGCGUGCGCAAAGCAUAAUUCUCGCCCGUCUGGCAUCCAGCUGCCUUGAAAAACUUGACGAGCCCAGCGCCCGAUCAGGCGAAUGGCGCCCGAUCGGGUGCAUGUAGAUGUGAGCUUUUCUUCUUCUGCUCGCCCGAUUGGUCUCCCUUCGCCCGUAGAUCGCCGGGCGACCUUCAAUAUAGGCCUUGCACCGAGUCUAACUCUAAGGGCUCAAAAAUAGGCAUCGUAGGCUCCUUAGAGUUGACAAAUGACAAUCCCGAACAUGCGGGAUCGUGUAGUUGCCCGUAAUAUCAUGAAACGAGCCUUAAAAGGCCAAUUUCUCUUCAAAUAACCUGAAAACUCAAGGCACACUACACAACGCAUAUUAGUACAAAAGACGGCUCCUAAGAGCUCAUUUAAGAUGGAAAAGUACUAAAGGACGGGGGUAAAACCACUAUAGAAUAUGCAUAUAUCAGUAUGUGAAGAGAAAAGAGACCAUUUUGUUAGUGGGGAAAUGUGUAGUAGACUAGCUCGGGGGGAGGAGCACUCUCAAUUCAAGUUACCCUGUUAUUCUUAGCUUGGAGAGGAAGGCAACUAGUUGGUUAGAAGUAGGAGAGGGAAAGGAAGUGGAAAAAUGCUGAAAAUAUAUAAAUAGAGAGAAAAUUUAUUUUAUUUUGUUUUGUUUAGCUUUUAAUUAGGACUGUCCAGCCACUCGACGGUCAGGGUUUGUAAUCUCCUUAGCGGUGAUUUAAUUGCAUUGCCAAUACACAACUGAGCCAAUUAUCAGAAACCAAAUUCUCUUCUUCCAACAUCUACAAAACUGAUAUUUCCACUCUAUAAUAUAUGUAUGGGUUUUUGUAAUUUGUUGUCUAAAAUCCUCACCUUAGAGGGUAAGUAUUGUGGCGUUUCCCGUUCUCUUUGGUAUAGAGUGAUUCAAAGAAGGUAUGAUUUUCAUCGUAAUGGGUGGGAUGUGCCAAAAGGUCCUUAUGUUCCAUAUACUUAACCCUUGGAAGUUUAUUUUGUAGGUUACAUCACUUUUCUUUCUCUUGAUCAAAUAUUUAAGGUAGUUUAGGAGGAUUCUUGGGCAGGGGAUCAGCCUUUACUGAUUGUAAGUACUGAUUAUAGUCUAGUUACAUCUUAUUCUUGUUGCAUGAGUCUAGUAGAUCAAAUAUAGUUUAGUUGCAUGAGAGACGGUGAUGACUUAUUCUUGGAAUUUGCAUUUUAGGACGGUGAUGACUGGUAAAUGGUAAUUAGGGGAGCUUACUAACUUGUUGAGCAUCCUUGAGUCUGUUUCUUUGUCAACUUCUCAUUGUAGAAAAGUGUGAUUGGCUGAUUCCUUGGGCUCCUAUACUUCUGAAGUUGUCAUAGCUUUUACAGUCAUGUACAAAAAAAAAAAAAAUCUAAAUUCACCAUCUUUUCCUCUUUCUUCUUUUAUUUGGAAUGCUAAACACCAUCUUUUCCUCUUUCUUCUUUUAUUUGGAAUGCUAAGGUUAUGAAGCCAAUGAAAGCAUUGUUAUUUCGGGAAAACUAAAAUAAUUGUGAUAAAUGGUUGGGAGACCAAACAACAAGCUAUAUCCUCUCGUGUCUAGUUAGGACACUGGAAUCAAUAGUUUUCACAUUGUCGUCGGCUAUGUUUGUGAGGAAGACUGGUAGGGAUUCACUGGGCUUCCACAUAUACUGGUCUGGGUCAUUAAGUACAGCAUAAGAAAUUUGGAAAACGUAUGGGACAUUGUGGUUUCAUUGAAGAAGAAUGGCUGUGGUUGGUAUAUCUCUUUAGUUUCUUUAUGGGAUCAAGUGGUGCAUUUGAUUACUCUUUGGGCUCACGCUCAUGGUGCAUUCCCUGCUGGCAUGUCCCUGUCUAACGUGAUGCAAAAUUGAAGUUCUUUUUUCUAUUUUCCUUGUUAUUUUGUGGGCUUGUGCUCCAUUUUCGUUUGAACUCUUCAAUCCCUUUUUACUUGAUUUCUUUUCUUAUCUAAAGAUAACUUGCUUGAUAGAACAUAGGGACUGGGUUUAAGGUUUGAAAGUUCCAACAACUCAUGUAUUUUCUGUUACCAAGCUUGUAGACAUUGAAGAGUUGGUGAUUAGCCCUAUCUCCCCAAUGUAAAUUACUCUGUAUCAAGCAUAUUGGGUUUGAAUUUUACAGUGUGAUCGACAUUUUCUUAAGGUCACCCCCGUUUCCCAUUAGAAGGAAAAACAAACCUCUCAAUACUCGUUUUCAUUUUUGUUUCUUUUUGCCACUUGUGGAAUGCAUAGACCCAUUCCAAGCAUCACUGAAUUUGGCAUCUUAAGGUCCAUCUGUGGUGUAUCUAUAAGAUGACAACAAACCUGCAUAAGCUUCUCCAGCUGCAUUUCGUCAUUGCCAGAGCCACCAUCUUCUUUGCAAAAAGAACUAUAUCAUCUCUCCAGUGCUAGAAUCCCUGUUUUGAAAAUUAUUUCAGUGAGUUUCGAAAAAUACCUGCUUUAUGCUCAUUCUGAACACUGGAAAAAAAACUAGUAGCAUUUCUUAAACUGGGGUAGUCAGAUCUGCUAAAUAAAGCAUCAUGCUUUGCCAAGACUGAUUAUCGCUUAUGGCCUUACGUCUUAGUUCCUCCCCACCAGUUGUCUAAUCAUUCCUCGAGCCUCAUUCACUGUGUGAUGCUGUAUGUAAGCCUUAGAAUCAUCUCCUAGCUGCAACAGGACUUGUUUUUACUUAGAAAAAAAGAAAAGAAGAAAAAAAUCACCCUCCAAGUGCCAUUGUUGUUUGCAAAGAAAGAAGAUAUGAAUUACCCCUAGUCCAGUGCCACACUAAUCUUAGACCUAAUUAAAGAUCCAGAAAAUUUGGAAUCUGCUUAAAGC